GAAAGGCGUGUUAUUUUAACAAUGAUACCUCUCAUAGUCCUCGCGUGUCUCGUGUGCCCAAUAUGGGGGGCGGAGAUCCGAGUGGUGGAGCCACCCCUACGAGUUGAUCUGCAACCGCCGCAGGAAGCCCGAUUCUUGGAUCAGAGAUUCGUAUCAGAGAACUGGAUGCAAAUGCCCAUUGACCACUUUGACCCACAAAACAAUGCUACUUUUAAUAUGCGCUACAUGGUUAACGAACUAUACUUCGGCGAAGACGGUUCUCCCAUCUUCAUAAUGGUCGGUGGAGAAUGGGAUAUUUCACCAGCCUGGCUGUUAACGGGGAACAUGUUUGAGAUGGCUCGUGAAAACAAUGGCUGUAUGAUCUACACAGAGCAUCGAUACUAUGGACAAUCGUUGCCUUACGAAGUCUUCUCAACUUCAAACUUGAAAUUUCUCAACGUUGACCAAGCCUUGGCCGAUCUUGCAUACUUUAUAAACACGUACAAGAGGUCAUCGACACGUUUUGCCAAUAGCAAAGUGAUCUUGUACGGAGGCUCCUAUGCUGGCAACAUGGCUUUGUGGUUUAAGCAACGGUAUCCACACUUAGCUGUUGGCGUUGUUGCAUCCAGUGGACCAAUUAAAGGACAGGUUAAUUUUGAAGAUUAUUUGAACGUAGUCCACCGAGCAUUCUUGUCUGAAGGUGGCGAGGAAUGUAUAGCAGCGAUAAAACUAGGUAUAGAUGAUACAUUAAGAGCUAUGGAAACUGAGGGUGGGCGUCGCGAAUUGGAAUCAGCAUACAGGUUAUGUGCUCCACUUGAUUACGACAACCGGUUCGCACUGGGUUACUUCUCGGGCCUCAUCAGCUGGACGUUCUCCACAUCAGUGCAGCAAUCGAGACCUGGAACGCUAUUAAAUAUAUGUAAUAACUUUGCCACUAAUAUCUAUGGUGAAACGCCAAUGCAAAAAAUCGGUGGUUACAUUGCCGCGGUUAGAAAUUUAGGACCCGCUUGCUGGAUGAUAAACUACGAGACGUAUGUCAACAAUUACAUGGUUCCGCGUUCUAAUAGUCGUGCGUGGUACUACCAAACUUGCACAGAAUACGGCUACUACCAAACAGCUCCUAAUACCGGCACCGUCUUCGAUCAUUUGAAUUGGCUCAAUGUGGAAUUCUACGUCGAUAUGUGCAAAAGAGCAUUCGAUGAAAGAUUCAAUGAAUUAUUCGUUUACGACGCUGUUGAAAGAGUAAAUUUAGUUUUCGGCGGUUUAAGCCCAGAAGUCAACAAAACAAUUAACAUUCACGGAGAAUUGGACCCCUGGUUUGCUCUGGGUGUACACCGCGAUCUUCAAGAAGACUCACCUACUUACAGUGUACCAAGGGCUUCCCACUGCUUCGACAUGCAACCAUGGUUGCCAACAGAUACGAUUCUGAUGACGCGCGCGCAACAAGAUGCGCGAAGAUUGGUUGCCCAAUGGUUGUCUGAGAAUUAAUUUGUUUUCUAUUGUUUCUAGUGAUAUGUUUCUUCUGUAUUUAAGGUUUUAU